UCUCAGCGACAAGCUUAUGAGAGAAUGGCUGUCUCCAGGGCUCCAGCACACGACUCGGCCCGUCAGAGGAUGGUCUGGCUGUUUCCACUUGUCUUCUGCCUCGGCACAGGGAGUGAUGUUCCACAAAGCAGCUCAAACCCCCGACUCAUGAAUGGCAUUCUAGGGGAGUCUAUAGUUCUUCCUCUAGAGCUUCCUGCAGGGAAGACAGCCAGCGUCAUCGUCUGGAGUCACAAAGAAGGAUUGCAGGGCACUAUAAUGUUCAUCAUCCAACUAAAGGACCCCGAAAAGCCAAAUAUCAUUAACGCUAAUCGAGAGAAGGAGAAGAGACUGAAUAUCACCCAGUCCUACUCCUUGCAACUCAACAACCUUACAAUGGCCGACACGGGGUCAUACACUGCACAGAUAACCACAGAGGACACUGAACCGACCAUCUUCAGAUAUACUCUGAGGGUCUUUGAACGACUAAGUAACUUAGAAAUUGCCAACCAUACUCUCCUGCUAGAGAAUGGCACCUGCCAGAUGUACCUGGCCUGCACUGUGAAAAAUUCAAAUCAGACUGUCUCAUUCGAGUGGCAAACCACGGGAAACAUCUCUUUAAGGGAACCAAAUGUCACUAUCUCUUGGGACCCGAGGAAUUCCAGCAACCAGACUUACAUCUGCAGAGCCGAGAAUGCGGUCAGCAAUUUGUCGGUCUCUGUCUCUACCCAGAGUCUCUGCAAAGAUUUAACUAAUCAACCCUGGACUAAAGCACAGCUUACAGCUAUAAUUUCAAUACCCAUGGUUGUAAUUAUUCCAGUCUGUGUGUGCGGGUGCAUAUAUCUUUGGAAGAGAAGAAGAGGUUCUCUUCCUCUGACUCGCCAACAUCCAGAUUCCUCCCAGAGCUCAGAUACUCCAGGCUCUCCUGGGAACACAGUGUAUGCACAAGUCAGUCACCCGAUGCAGGAAAUGAAAAUCCAAAAUCCUAUAAAAAAUGACUCCAUGACAAUUUACUCCAUAGUUAAUCAUUCCAGAGAGCCCGUUUCUCCUAGGCUGAAUACUCUUAAGGACAUCAAGUAAGUUGGUGAAAGACUUUAAAGAAAGCCAAGCAGAACACACCUCCUGAUCCCCUGGAAGAGCACAGAAAAGAAGCCUGCUUUGCAACCGGCAAUGGGAUCCAGAUACCCAGGGUGAUCACUUCAGACUCGAUCCUCCAUACACAUGUCAGACGCUUCAGGAGUGGCAGGAUCUGUAGAGACAUAACCCCAAAACUGCUUUCCAAUCAAAUCCAGGACAAAUCCUGCUUUGGAUAACAUACCCACGUGCUGCUUCCUCUCUGAUAACUGAGCGAUCAGACUUUCGAUGGACAGAUCAUGAUUCAGCAAGGAAUUGUUUCUCCUCUAGAAGGCAGCAGGAUGCGAUUGGCUUGUAGAAAGAGCAUGGUGUUUGGCUAAAUGUGUAGCAUCUGGCAUUGGAUGGGCCCACACACAUGCCCUGACAAAUCAUUUACUUAGACAGGCCUCCUGGAGUAAUUCCUACGUUCUUGGACUUUUAAUCUCAUAGCCAAGAGUAAGAGGAGGAUAGCGAUACACCGGUUCCACUGCUCACACCAGGAAUCUAAGCCAUACCUGACUACGGUUUAAUCACCAAGCACUUGAGACUCUACCUCCAAAAUAUAUUAAACCUAUCUCUCUCUUUUCAACCUGUAGGCCACCAUGCUAUCUCCAUUCCUCCCAUCUGGAACCCGGGGUACUCCAAUCACCUCUAAACAUUUCUUCUAAUUUUGCUCUUGUCUCCCCACAACCCAUGGUCUAAAAGACCAGCACAAUGCUCUUUCUGUUGACUUCCCAUACCCUUGCAGACUCCUCAUGACACCCAUUGUGAAAGCCAGCGUCCGUGGCCCUGGAUGGUCUGGCACAUCCCCAGACUCUGUGAACUUCAUUCUCCCCAUUCUCUGACCUCUGUGACCUCUUUGUUCCUCCAUCAGAGAAGAAAGUUCUUCAUAUUACAGCCACUUACAUCUCCCUCAAGGUCCUCCUUCUGCUUGUUGGGUUCCUCCUGCUCUUUAAGCCUCGGCUUCCAUAAAAGAUCUUCCCAGUACACUCUACCUAAAGUGGGCUUCCUUAUUCGUCUCUUAAACUUUCCAUAUUGUUUACUGCAUGUCAUUGAAUAUUUAUUUUUAAUGUCUGUUCCCGUGGGAUCAGAGACAAUAAU